UGGAGGUACUCGUGUUGUAAACAUAGUAUGCUCGACUGUUAUUGGAGUAUCCAAGAAAGAACCCCACAUCCGAUUUUGCAUCUAAUUUCUCAAGUUGUUCACGAUCAUUAUAAAUGUAGCAUUUACAACCAAAAACAUGCAGUGACUAAGGUUAGACCUCUUACCUUUCCAGAGUUCAUACGAAGUCAACCCACUACCGCAAAGAAGGUACACUCGAUUCACAAGAUAGCAAGCAGUAUUUAUUGCCUCAGCCCACCAUUUGUGAGAGAUUUUC